AUGCCCCCAAUUUCUAGGAAGAGAUUGUCUAGAAAUUAUGCUAACCGAACGCUAAGAAAUCUGGUGAAAGCGUUAUCAAAUGUAAGCGCACCCCGAGAGAGGUCUGUGUCGGAAUUAGCCUCUGAAAUGAGCAAACGGAUUAGUCAAAGCAAACCCUCGACCUUCGAUGCCGACUACUGGUGGGAAAACAGUAGAUCGGGGUUGUUAGAGCAGACUGAGGGGGAUUUUGGUUGGGAUUUGUUCAAAAGGGCCAUGCGGGAGAAAUUUUAUCCGCUCCAUGUAAGGAAAGAUAAAUCGAACGAGUUUGCGCGAUUAGAGAUGGGUGGUAUGACUGUUGAUGAAUAUUACCACAAAUUUAUGGAGUACCUUAAGUAUUGUCUUGAUGACCGAGCGUCACAAAUAGGGAACAUUUUGAGGAAGGAGAAGGAAAAGGAGAAGGGCAAUGUCCCUGAGAAGAGGAAAGAGGUUACUGGCCAGGCAUUGGAGAAUAUGUCGGGCUUUUAUCAGAAGAAGGCAAGAAAUUUCGGAAAUUUUCAGGGAGGCGGGUCUAAUUCGAAUUCAGGGAUUAGGAAUGGCGCGAAGCCUGCUAAGCCAUUACUGGAUCGAGACGGCAAUGAAAGGAAGUAUUUCUGUAGAAGGUGCAAGAGAAACCAUCCGGGAAAAGAUUGUGAAGGGAAUUUGAUUGAGUGUAACUUUUGCCACAAAAGGGGACACAUAGAGUUUGAAUGCUACUUAAAAAAAGGGGGUAGAAGUCAACAUCCGAGUGGACAACAUCAGCAAUAG